ACUACAGGAAGCUGUGCUUUUAGUAUGUAGAUUAAGAAGCAGAUGAAGGAAAGCAACAAUUUAUUCACUGUGUAUUUUGAGAAAAGGCCAUUGACAACCCCUGCACAGCAUUUUGCAAACAUUUUAGGAUCAAUUACAACCUUGAUGAUUUGACUUGAUUUGUAACAUGUGCAUUGUGACGAGGACACUGAUGCUACUCUUUCUGGCUGGUGUUGUCUGCAAUACAUGGAACGUGGUAUACCAACCGCAACAUAUCUGUGCAGUGAAAGGCUCUUCUGCUGUCAUUCCUUGUUCGUUCUACUAUCCUGAUAACCUGAGAGUGAAAAACGUCAUGUGGGGUCAAGUUAAGUCUCAUCCUUUCAGGACUCUCUUCAUUUCUGACAAGAACUUAAAAAAAGUCACUACAAGAUUCCAGUACAUUGGUGACAAACAUCACAAUUGUUCUUUAAAAAUACACCAAGUGGAGCAUAAUGAUACAGGAAAACACGUCUUCAGAUUUAAAACCAACGACAAAAGCGGCAAGUGGACUGGUAAAGAUGGCUCAACAUUAAAGGUUGUUGAUUUGAGCAUUUCGGUGACAAAGCCUAAUGGAAACAGAACAGCAAAGGAGGGCGACUCUGUGAAUCUGACCUGCAGAAACGGCUGUGAUGGCGGGAACCUUUUAUCUACUUUCACCUGGUUUAAGAAUGGAGAACCCAUAACUGAGGGACCUACACUUUAUUUAAGCAACAUGUCCUCCACAAACUCUGGAAACUACACUUGUUCUCUGAAAAGACACACAGCAGCAUCUUCAGGAGUCAUACACAUUGAUGUUGAAUAUAGCCCCAAGAACACAUCAGUGUCUGUCAGACCAUCGAUGGAGGCAGACGCCGGCAGCAACAUAACCCUGACCUGCAGCAGCCGUGCUAACCCCCCAGUGGAGAAUUAUACCUGGGUUAAAAUAGAUGACGGCGAUAUAAUGGAUGUUGGAAAAGGGCCUGUGUUCAUCCCUGGUGAUGGUGGCCAGUAUUUAUGCAGUGCCAGCAACAAACAUGGAAGCCAAAACUCUUCUGUUGUUACUUUAAAAAUCAAACCAUACUGGGCAACGUGUUCCAGAGAUGUACUAAUCAUCGCUACUGUUGCUGCGGUCCUGAUUGGGAUUACCGUUACUGCCGUCAGAAGACUCCACAAAAAAAAGACGUGGGUACCAGAGACAGAGGAGGACAUGCAGAAUACAGACUAUGUCAACUGGCUGCCCUGUGACAGCCAAUCACAAGUGGGCGAUCAGUAUGAGGAAGCAGCCACAGAAGUCGUCUAUGCAACUGUACACUUCACCAGCAAAAGACAGUCAAACAUGCAGCAGCAGACGGACUCCCAUAAUAAUGAAGAUGUGGUUUACAUCACAGCGUGCAGGCACCAACUAUCAAACCCUUUAUAGAUCAAGCCUCCCCAAUUUGAAAUUAAACCCUCGUCGUUUUGCAGUAAUACGUGGGUUUUGAGGGUAUUUGGUCUCUCAUGUUUUUCUUACUUAUUACAAAUCUGUAAGAUGUGCUGCACAUGCAUUGCCGUAAAGAUAAAUAUUAUAAACCAGAUGAGAAAAAAAACGUGACAAGGCAUCUUCAUGAAGGUACAAUUUAGUGUGUAAAUUAGUUUUUGUUUUAAGACAUGUUCUUGUAUUUCUUUCACCUUUCCUCUGUGUCAAAUGUGUUUGGAUCGUGUGUAUGCACACACUGCCUUUUAAGUUGCUUUCUGAUGCUCAGUGUUUCUAUAAAUCACUUUAACUCCUGUUUUGUGCUUUUGGCACUGUAAAAGUUCAUUUACUUCCUGUAGUCUUUAGUUCCAGAGCAUCUCAGGAGUUGUAAACCUGCACUACUGACAUGACAGAAAUAUGUGAAAUAAAUACUUUAUGUGAGAUACAAAUUAUUAUAUUGAAUAAAUGAGAGCAAAACAAAAACAUUGUCACCUUUGUGAAACUAAAUGUGUCCCUGCUGUUUAGUGGUUUUUCUUUUCUUUGAUGCAAUGAGAUAUACUCACCAGGUCCACUUACACAUAACACACACCACAUAGAGUCAUGCACUGCAAAAACUACGUAAUGUUUAAAAUCUCUAAAACACACUCUUUAACAUAAUGUACCAAGAGAAUGAGGUGACUUCACUUGUUUCUAGUAAUCUAGGAAAUUGAUGCAGCAGAAACAGAAAUAUCCUCUUCUUUAUCCCACACAUUCUUCUUCCUCGCAAAACGUGCCUGCAUUACCCACGAUGCAAAUCUAUUGCUGACAUUUUGAUCAUGCAGAGCUAAGAAGUGGACUUCAGGUAUGAUGAGCUCACUUCUCUUCAACUCCACACCUCCAGAUUCUUUUCAUUUUCAAACAUUUUCACGCUGACUUAAGUGACAUCAUUUGAGGCAAUUUCUCAGACUUCGCUCA